AUGGUUCUGAGCGAAAGUAACGUUCAGAGGUUCAAUCAGCAACAGAGACCGUCCGUGUUCGCUCACGGCUCUCGGUCGGUCGCGUCCGACACAGAGCAAUCGCAAAGCCCCGUGCCCCCGAGAAGCAGGGCCCGCGCCGAGGAUAUUCCUCUAGAAUUCGAUGGAACCACCGUGUUGUGUCGUGUAUGCGGCGACAAAGCCUCCGGCUUCCACUACGGAGUCCACUCAUGCGAAGGAUGCAAGGGUUUCUUCCGGCGCUCCAUUCAGCAGAAGAUCCAAUACCGACCCUGCACCAAGAACCAGCAAUGCGCCAUUCUUAGGAUAAACCGGAACCGUUGCCAGUACUGCCGACUGAAGAAGUGCAUCGGUGUUGGGAUGUCCCGAGAUGCUGUGCGUUUCGGUCGUGUCCCCAAGCGGGAAAAAGCGAAAAUUCUUGCCGCCAUGCAAAAGGUCAAUGCCAGUUCUCAAGAGAAACAGCUGAGCGCCGAACUCGAGGACGAGAUGCGUCUCUUCCAAUCGGUCGUUCAAGCUCACGAGGAGACGUGUGAAUUCACCAGCGAUAAAAUCGCCCCAAUGAUCGAACGUGCCCGAGUGGAUCCCGUCUACGCGCGCUGUCCCUCCGGACUGGCGUGUCCGUUGAAUCCUCAGAGUCCGGAUGGAACGAAUCGUUUCAUGGAAGACUUUUCCGAAAGAUUCUCUCCGGCUAUCCGAGGGGUCGUGGAGUUCGCCAAACGAAUCCCAGGCUUCUCGCUGCUCGCUCAAGAAGACCAAGUCACGCUACUGAAAGCCGGAGUGUUCGAAGUUCUUCUGGUCCGGUUAGCGCGUCUGUUCGACUCGGCCACCAAUCAGAUGAUCACGUUGAACGGUCAGGUUCUACGGAGGGAUUCGUUGCAUUCGUCCUCGAACGCCCGAUUUCUCCUGGAUUCGAUGUUCGAGUUUGCCGAGCGAAUGAACUCGGUUGGUCUUUCCGAUCCUCAAAUCGCCAUCUUCAGCGCCACCGUCAUCAUCGCUGCCGAUCGUCCCGGACUGAGAAACAGCGAAUUGGUGCACAAAAUCCAGCGACGGCUGAUGGAAGUUCUCCAGAAAGCCGUCUGCCCCACGGCCGAGGACAACUCUGUGUACACGGAACUGUUGAAGAAGAUUCCCGACCUGCGAACGCUCAACUCGCUCCAUUCGGAGAAGUUGUUGGCCUAUAAAAUGGAACCGCAGUCGACAACGCCGCCCUACUCGGCGCCCGAACCCUGGACCGGAGUUCAGCCCACUCCUCUGAACGUUCCCUGUGCAGCUCAUGAGAGAUGGUCUCCGAUUGCGUCGCCGCACUCGUCGACGUCAUCGCUCGACAGUGCUCUCGCCGCUCCGAAGAGUCCGGUGAGAACGAAUUCGUUCAGUUCGUCAACGAGUUCGACGAGUGAGCUUACCAUGGUAGUCGACAGUACGAUGUACCGUCCCUUCCGCGCCGCCCGUGUCGAUUCGCCCACCGACUCCGGUAUCGAGUCGGGCAAGGAGCACGGCAGCUGUACUCCGACCACGUCGGUCUGUUCUUCGCCGCGAUCCACCGACGAAAUCGAACACGCCGCCACCGACGACGAUAUGCCUGUGUUGAAACGCGCGCUUCAAGCCCCUCCUCUGGUGUCGCCCAAUCAGCUGAUGGAGGAAGCUUAUCGGCAUCACAAGAAACUCCGCGCGGCCCAGGCCGUCCGAGCCCAUUCGCCCCCGGCUUCGUCGACAACCGAUCUCGCCACGGCGCAUUCGACGCUGGUCGGAGCUCUGCAACAGGCGCCGAAGUUUCUCAACGAGCAGCAGAUGAAGCGUACCGAUCUCAUCCAUAACAUCAUCAUGAGAAACGAGGCUCCUCUAAAGUCCUGUCCCUUCAGUCAGCAGCAGCAGCAGCUACUUCAACAACAGCCCGUGAGCUCGUCGUCUCCUUCCCCGCCGCCUCCGCAGACGUCUGUGAGUGAGUCUCCUUUGAACCUCUCGACCAAGAUGGUGAAGAUGGAGUCCUAA